AUGAACCUCGCCCCCUCUCCUGUCUCGAUCAUGGCGCCUAGGGUUGACAAGUACUUCCUCCCUCCUACGGCCUUGAUGCCGAACUCACCCAAGCCCCUUCUUCAUUACCCCUCUUUCUUUACGCCGGACGAAUGCACGCCGUCAAACGUAUACAAAAUCCUCAGGAACAAUGGGUGGCGGGCUAGGUGGCUCGCUCGAUACGGCCCUAACCAGCCUUCGCACUACCAUUCGGCCGUCCACGAAUGCAUGGUCGUGCUCUCCGGGUCUGCUCGAGUUCUCUUCGGCGUCGCAGACCUGACCGAAGAUAUCAUCGGAGGGGACGUAUUCGUCCUACCUGCGGGGCUGGCACACAAGACACACGAUCCGAGUCCCGUUUCUGAAUUCGCCUGGCUGUCACCGGGAGACGGACGCGCCCCUAGCGAUGAAGACAUGGAGGCCGUGAUGAGCACCGUCCAACUGUCGGGAUUCACAAUGCUGGGGUCUUAUCCCCAAGCAGGGGAGGACUGGGACUUUGCCGUAGGCGGAGAGAGCGAGGGCCAAUAUGAAAAGGUUUGGUCAGUGCCUGUACCGGAACGCGAUCCGGUGCAAGGGGAGCAGAGGGUGGGCUAUGCACGCACUGGGAUUGAGGCAAAGGAACGAAGGACCCUCGCUAGACAUGUUCUAUAA